CAUAACACAACACCUUCCAUCACUGAGCGUAAAUAGCACCUAAAAUGAAGUCGAAAUAUUGUGUUAAAAAACUGGAUAACUCAAAGAAAAUGUGCUAAACGGAAUGUUUCAGGUGUAGUGAAGUGAAAUUGAUAAGUGCGGGCACUAGUGAUUGGUGAUUGGGACCGUGAUGAGAUCGAAAACUUUCCAAUAACAGCUAAAGUCUAUGAACGCAUACGUAUUAUCAAUUCCUAGUAUUCGGUUUUGAGAAUGGUGCAUCAUAAAUUACCUAACAACUGAAGACAAUAUGGGGCAUAUUGUCCAGUAUUUAUUUAUAACAACAGUUUUAUUGGGCGUCACUUAUGGGUCACAUUUUCCCAAAUGCAAAGCUAUACAAUCAACGAUUGGAUACACCUAUCCCCAAGGUGAUAUAAUAAUUGAACGUGGAUCUACUUUAAAUAUAACAUGUACCAUCAACCGUACGUUAUACAGCGAUGAAAGACUUGUGUUCAGAAGAAAUAAAUCUGUACUUGAUGAUGACCUAGUAACAAAAAUUAGCGACAGAAGCAUACAACUCAUCAUAGAGAAUGCCCCUGCCACCAAAGAUGACAUGUAUAGUUGUUUUCUCACUGGGAAAAAUAAGGAAAAGGGGUCGCUUAUAUGUUUGAACUCAGUUACUGUUGGAGUGGCUCCAAGCAACGUCACCGAUUUUCAAUGCAUCGGUUACAAUUUCGACAAUUUCACCUGUACAUGGACGGCUCCAAUGACCUACGUGCCAAGCCAAGAAUCCAUAUCCAUGAAAUUCAAUUCAUUCAUCUACAACACGUCUAUCCAAAAGAACGGAACGAAGAGGUCAAUCUUCCUCAGCUCAUCGACCCAACCGUACUACAGACUGGGCUACGAAAAUUACAGCUUCAAACUGAACAUGUCGAAUGAAUUCGGCUCGUGGAAUCAGAACUUCACAAUCGAUCACUUCGCCAGAGUUAUUCCGAAUCCUCCGGUGCGUUUGACCGUGCUGUCGGUCACGACGACGUCCAUCAUGAUGAACUGGUCGAUACCGGAGACCAUGCGCAAUUUGGAGUGCGGCAUUCACCACAGGGUGCUCUACCAAUGCGACUUCGCACCGACUAGUUGGACGUUCGGCACCCUUAUAACGACCAACCCCAAGGAACAUUGGAAGACCUUCAACCUGACCGGCAUUCCGUAUCCUCACUCCAUGUGCGACGUCCGGGUGUCUUUGAGGUCCGCCGCUGCGGAUCCAAACGACGAGUCGAUGUGGUCCCGCAACGCUUCGUUCACUCAACGUACUGCAAGUACUUUGCCGAGAGAACCUCCAGCAACCAACGUCGGCGGUUUCGACAUGUCAGGCUCCGAUUUCUAUAUGUACUGGGGCAGCGUUAAGGACGCAUACAGAAACGGAGACAAAUUCAAUUAUGUCGUCACGUCGCCGGAGGUUUCGAUUAAUCACACAACAACCAAACACUAUUUCCAUUCUAAGAACUUGUCGAGCGACCGCAGCUACACGUUCUACAUAUGGUCCCAGAAUUCGGACGGCUUUUCCAAGAACAAUUCCACGUUGUACAUACCAAAACUGAAGGAUCGUGUCAAGAAGCCUACUGAUUUCACCAAGAGUGAACUGAACGACGGGAGGUACAAGCUUAAGUGGAAGAGGCCCGUUUUGGCCCCGGGACAGGAGCUGAUCAGCUACACGAUAUUCUGGUGCAAGGACGAACGCGAUCGUCCUUAUCAGUGUACCGGUGACCUGCAGUGGAAGAUGAUACCGCCUACUAAUGAAGCGUACGAAAUAACCCUGGAGAGCAGUAAAAUCUAUCAGAUGGCCAUCUCUGCCAACACAUGGAACAGUAGCAGCGGCAUGGUGUGGGCGGACUGUACCGUCCUGUCUACGGGCAGGCCGAAGCUGACCGGCAUAUACUUCGAUAGGUUGGGCGACACCUGGAUGGGCGUUAAGUGGUUGUGGGGAUGCGGUAGCCUGAACGACGGGAACGAGACCUACGUUAUCGAAUACUGCCCAAUCAAGUCGCCCAUGUUACAAGAAUGUAAAGAACCGGAAAACGAGACUCUGAAGCACAUGGUCUUCAACAAUACACAUACUUCUGCCCAGCUAGUUAAUUUGAUGCCGUACACAACCUACAAGGUGAAUGUGUACCUCCAAUCUGGCGACGAGAAAUUGUUACAAAACGAAAUGCCUCUGUACAACACGACACUGGAGGCUGCACCAAAAUUCUCUCCGUAUGUUAAAGUACUAGAAGUUACCAAUUCGUCUAUAUCCAUUAACUGGACGGAACCUGAUCCAUUGACGACCAACGGUAAACUCAAGUAUUACCACGUUUCACUCAACAACAAGACAGUCGAUGUACAAUCAUCUGUGACUUCGUUUAAUUUUACUAAUCUGGAGAGUUACAAGAACUUCAGUAUAGCUGUGAGUGCUUGUACGGUUCAGUGUUCCACAGUGUCUCGUUACGUAAAUGUGAUUACAGAGAUGGGAAUUCCCGGAGACAUUGAAGACAAACCAGUAAUGACGUUCCAAAAUCACUCAUACACUUCCAUAAUUUGGGGUGAACCUAUCCCUCCAAGAGGCAAAAAUGAGUAUUAUGAAGUAAAAUUGAAGAAAAAAGCGGACGACUACGAGAACAUAGUAAACGUGACUAGUCGUCAGUAUAACUUCAGCAAUUGUCAGGACUACGACGCGUAUUUGGUGUCUGUCAGAGCUGUAAAUAUUAUUAACAAUACUGCGGUCAAAGGGCCUUGGAGCAAACCACUCGAAACUUAUUGCCAAGUCAAGGGGAACUACUUUAUAUACAUAAUUAUUGUCGUUAUUGUAUUCGCCUUAUUUUCCAUGUUAUAUUUAGUCAGAUGGGGAUAUGUGAAAAUAAUAGUAAUGAAAAAUGUGGAGGUGAAGUUGCCACCUGGAUUGGCUCCGGUCGUCCAAAACGACUUGGUGCCCUGGCAGUCCGGAAAGCAUCCGGAGGAACACACCAGGUUCCCACCGAAGCCGGCCGACGAGGAGAUGCUCCUGUCGAAAAUCAAGGAGAACACUCCAAUCAGCGCAGACACAAGCGGCUGCAGCUCAGCCCACGAAAGUGUCACGUCGUCUUUAGAAUCCGCUCACAUUUCCAGCGCCGACUCUGGAACUGAUCAGAAGGAUAACGAGGAAGCCGCUCAGAAUUCGUUGAGGAAGCGUAACUUCCCAACUAAAGCUUCGUCAGGUUACGUGUUGCCAGAGAACGCAACGGGCUGGGCGGCCAAGCCGGCCGUGUCGUCAAGCAGUUACUGCAAAGUCGGCGAGCCCUUGCCCAAGAAGGAGGAGUCCCCUUACGUGCCCCUCGACAAGGCAAUGGAGGUGAAAACGUCGCCGAUAGGUUCGACGCCCAGCACGCCGCUCAUCAGCAGCGACCUGAUGAUGAAGAAUCUGUUAACCAUGCCGGAGGUGCAGCCCAGCCCGAAGUCCGGCUACGUCGUCACGACAAUGGGUGCACCGAAGGACGUUGUCGCCGACUUGAUGAGUAACACGACCCCUACUGAGGAGAUGCAGAUGCCCCACUACGUGCAGGCUGCCGACGCCAUCAGUAGUAUGAAGAAUUUUGCGUGGCCCCACGCACCCGAAACGCCCAAGACUGGGUACGUCAGCGUAGGAGACGCCCCUCCGCCGACGAAGGUGCCCUUGGAACAGACCAGGGGCUAUGUGCCUCACAGGCACUUCGAGGGGAAGUCCUUUAAGAAGGAUUAAACGACGCACCAACUGAUUUUUGGUGGAGUGCUUUUUAUUUAUCAAAUGGACACGAAGUUGAAAUAAUUUUAGAUGCAUUUUAUUCUAAAAUUUAUUUUGUUAAGUAAACUUAGUGGUUUAAAAAUAGUGUCAUAAAAACCCUAUUCACUAACUAGUAGUGCAGAAUUUAGAUCUCCCAUUAAUAUAACACCAAGAUGGAAUGUGUGGAAAGAGUCCAGGUCCCAGAAAUUUGUUAUUGUGUUUUAGUUUUUAUUAGACAUUUGAUAUUAGGUUUUAAAAUUAAGGAUAAUUUCUCUCAAAAUCUUGGUUUUCUCAUAUUUUACUCUUUAGUGAACUGGGUAUAUAUUUAACAUAUAUUAACUUUCUUCAUUAAUUUUAAAGAUUAUUUUAUUUUUAUACCAUAUUCUGUUAUACUCGUGGCCGUAUGGAGGGGGAUAAUUCCCCCUGCAUACGUCCACGACUUAUCUGUACAUAUCAUAUUUCGAUCAUUUUUAAAAUUGUACAUAUUUUUAACUUUAUACUAAUAAAUUUCAAUGCACAGAUUUAUAUGAAACAAUUGUGGUAAUUCAAAAAAGUUAAUUUCUGCUUUAUAUAAUAAUGAAUUGAGAUAAGUUAAUUUUUUGCAGAAUUACCAUUUCAUAAGCGACUGAGAGACUGUAUGAAGUGCUAAUAUGUACCGUCUGUACCGACUUGCCAGCUAUUUAAAUAAUUAUUUACAUUUAUUGAAUCGUAUUUCUGUAAUUACACUUUUUUAUUGAUUGAUCUUUUAACUAUGAAUUUCAAUAAUAAUAAUUUGUCAUUUUUGAUCAGUGAUAGAAGACAGUGCCUCAACGAAAAGAGAUUCUUAUAUAGACAAUUUGGAUAAUAUUUGUGUAUUAAAUUUUUUUUGUUUAAGUUUACGAGUGUAAAGCAGGUGUAUGGGGUAAUUAAUAUUUUACAUGGAUUUUAUAAAGUUAUAGUAAAUUAUCCGAUAAGUGUUGAGCAGCAAUUUUAGUAUCUGUGAUAUUCGAUGGAAAUUUUAAAGAAUAAAUCCCGUAUAUAUAUCUGCUGAAUCAUGAAACUGUCAAAUCUGCUUCUUAUUUAUCAAAGAGUACAUAUAAAAUCAUCAUCAUUAAUUGUUCCUUUGUCAUUCUAUAUACAUUUAAUAAAA